GGCAGGACACACACUUCCGCUUGCUGCCGGAAGUUCGCCCUCCCUUACCGUGGUGCCCUGCGGUCUCCCAUUGGGGUUGGGACAGUUGAAGCCAAGAUGGCUGACUAUGAGGAUCGGGUGUCUGAGGAUGAGAAGGUGCGCAUUGCAGCAAAAUUCAUCACUCAUGCACCCCCAGGAGAAUUCAACGAGGUCUUCAAUGAUGUCCGGCUACUGCUUAACAAUGACAAUAUGCUCAGGGAGGGAGCAGCACAUGCGUUUGCCCAGUACAACAUGGAUCAGUUCACUCCUGUGAAGAUUGAAGGGUACGAUGACCUGGUCCUAAUCACAGAGCAUGGCGACUUGGGCAGCGGAAGGUUUUUGGAUCCUCGAAAUAGAAUUUCAUUUAAAUUUGACCACCUGAGAAAAGAUGCGAGCGAUACUCACUCUGAUGAUACAGACACAGCUUUAAAGCCCUGGAGAGAUGCUUGUGACAGCGCGUUAAGAGCAUAUGUCAAAGAUCAUUAUCCCAAUGGAGUCUGUACUGUCUAUGGAAAGACUAUAGAUGGACAACAGACAAUAAUAGCCUGUAUUGAGAGCCACCAGUUCCAGCCCAAGAACUUUUGGAAUGGCCGUUGGAGGUCUGAGUGGAAAUUCACUAUCUCACAGCCUACUGCCCAGCUGGUUGGGGUGCUCAAAAUUCAGGUUCAUUACUAUGAAGAUGGUAAUGUCCAGCUGGUUAGCCACAAGGAUGUACAGGAAUCCAUAGCAAUCUCUGGGGAAGCUCAAACUGCCAAGGAAUUUGUAAAAAUUAUAGAGCAAGCAGAAAAUGAGUACCAGACUGCCAUAAGCGAAAACUACCAGACAAUGUCAGACACCACUUUCAAAGCCUUACGUCGGCAGCUGCCUGUAACCCGCACCAAGAUCGACUGGAACAAAAUCCUCAGCUACAAGAUUGGCAAAGAAAUGCAGAACGCUUGAUCAUCAAAAAGCUACAGCAGUGUCUAGUGUGCAAAGCAAAGUCGGAAGUGUCUGGUCUUACACAUAACCCCUUAUGUGCCAGUGCUGCCAGCGACAUUGUAUUGUCCUUCUCCGACACCAAUGGGGUUAAACGGAAACAAAAAUAAAGGGUUUAUACAAUGUGAUAUUUUGCUAGGGCCUACAAAGUUACUGUAUUUUCUAACCUAGAAGUGCUGCAGAACAAUCGGUUUUGUUUUAUAUUCUCCCUGGAAUCUGUAAAUGUGAUCACUGUGUAUGUUUGUUCAGUUUCUUCCAAUCUGGCAGAGGAACGUGACUUCUUGAUGUUAGAAAACGUACACGCUUUGGGUGCCCUUUUAAGCCCCCUUUAUGGAGCUAGGGGUAUGAAAGGAAUGUUUUUUUUCUAAUUCAAUUCAAUGUAAUGUUAUCCAGUUGCCCACAAAAAAUACUGUCAAUCAUUUCAAUCUGUUACAUAUCACCGACAUUUUAUGUUGUAGUACUAGUGAUUCUCCUCACACAUGACAUCACUUCUCAUCUGCUGGAGUACUAGACAGCACCCCAGAAGCCUAAUUAUCCCACCCACAGCAUUGGACUGUGCUUCUGCAGGAAAUCUAAUGCUUGUCAUAUUAGCUGAAUAGUCAGUGGCUGGUUUGCUGAGUCUUUAAAGCACUGUAAAAUCCAAAUGCCUAUAAUUCUAACAAAUCUUGGAAUGGAUUUUCUUAAGCAGGAACAAAUCACUUAAGUCUUUCAAAUAUCUGUUCAUUAACUUUGGUGAAUUACACUAGUACAGGUGAGGUCUGGUGCCGUAGACUGCAGGGCUCAGUAACAUUAUCAUGACAGCCGCUUGUGAAAGCUUAGUCAUUUAGGAAUAGUGAAUUUGAACCCCUUCAUACUUGGCUAUGCUACUUUUGCUGUGUGUAAAUCUGGCAAUAAUUGUUUAUUACACUCCAGGAAAUAUAGGACACAAAUAGAUUGGCACCACUGCAUAUAUUUAAGAUACAAAAAGUCUACCCAUUUAGCUUUAGAGGUAUCUGCAGAUUGCAGUAUUCAGUUUUGUUUAGUACUGCAAUCUCCACUGUUAAAUCCUUUGGAAUAUUUCUCCCCCCUAAUAAAAAAAAUAUAAAAAGACUUGAAAACAUAUUUCAUUUCAAUAUAGUAUUCCCUCGCUUUUUCUUUCCUUUAGUGAUGGGCAUCUGCAUUGUGUUAAAACAGGUCAUUUUUUUAUAGUCUUCAGAGUGUGACAUACGGUUAUGGGAAGAUGAGGCUUAGAACAUAAAGAGAAUGCAAGUGUCUUCAUCUUAUAGCGCUUUAAUGGAUUUGUGGCACGCCGAGUUUGUACCACAGGUAUAUGGACAUUUGAUUAAAAAGUGUAUACAUCCUAAAUAAAAAUUUGCACCAAAGUGAAAAAAAA